GAUGGGCUGGGAUCGGGCUGUGGCUGGGAAUGGGGUUGGAGAUGUGAUGGGUUGAGAAUGGAGCUUGGGAAUGGGACUGGGAUCAGGCUGGGGAAGGGGAGAGCCCGGCACAGGGUUGUGCUGACUGACUGACAGCAGGUCCCGGCCCCAGCAUGGGCAAGAAGAGCAAACUGGGCAAGAGCCGGCGGGACAAGUUCUAUCACCUGGCCAAGGAGACUGGCUUUCGCUCCCGCUCCUCCUUCAAGCUGCUGCAGCUCAACAGGAGGUUCCAGUUCCUGCAGAGGGCUCGGGCGCUGCUGGACCUGUGCGCAGCCCCCGGCGGCUGGUUGCAGGUGGCAUCUAAGUUCAUGCCAGUUUCCAGCUUGAUCAUUGGGGUGGACUUGGUGCCCAUCAAACCCAUCCCCAACGUGGUGACGCUGCAGGAGGACAUCACCACGGACAAGUGCCGCCAGGCCCUACGCAAGGAGCUGCAGACCUGGAAGGUGGAUGUUGUGCUCAAUGAUGGAGCCCCAAACGUGGGAGCCAGCUGGGUGCAUGAUGCCUACUCCCAAGCCAACCUGACCCUCAUGGCUCUCAAACUGGCCUGUGAGUUCCUCUGCAAGGGGGGCUGGUUCAUCACCAAGGUGUUUCGUUCUCGGGAUUACCAGCCACUGCUCUGGAUCUUCCAGCAGUUCUUCCACAAGGUCCAAGCCACCAAACCACAAGCUUCUCGAAAUGAGUCUGCUGAGAUCUUCGUGGUGUGUCAGGGGUAUCAAGCUCCAGAUAAAAUUGACAGCAAGUUCUUUGACCCCAAAUAUGCUUUCAAGGAGGUGGAGGUUCAGACCAAGUCUGUCACUGAGCUGGUCAGCAAAAAGAAGCCCAAGGCAGAGGGUUAUGCUGAUGGGGACACCACCCUCUACCACCGCUUCACCCUCAUGGACUUCCUCAAAGCUGCCAACCCCGUGGAUUUCCUCGCCAAGGCCAACGAGAUCACGCUGGGGGAUGGGGAGCUGGAGCAGCACAGCUCCACCACCGAGGAGCUGCGGCAGUGCUGCAAGGACAUCCGUGUGCUGGGACGCAAGGAGCUCAGAGCUCUGCUCAACUGGAGGACCAAGUUGAGGCGGUUUUUGGCCAAGAAGCUCAAAGAGCAGGCAAAGGAGGUGGAUAUCAACCUGAGCUCUGGGGAAGAGGAGGAAGGCAAAGAGGAGGAGAAGGAGGAGAAGAAGACGUCGCCAAAAGCCCCAGCCGAUGAGGUGGGGAAGGAGGAAGAGGAGGAGGAGGAGGUGGAGCUGGCAUUGGCAGAGAUGAAGGCCAAGGAGCUGGCAGAGCUAAAGAGAAAGAAGAAGAAGGUGCUGAGGGAGCAGCGGAAGCAGCGCGAGCGUGUGGAGCUGAAGAUGGACCUGCCCGGCGUGUCCAUCGCCGACGACGGCGACACCAGCAUGUUCUCCCUGCGCUCCCUGCACAGGACCCCGCUGCUGAACGAGAUGAGCCGUGGGGACAUGGCAGCAGCAGAUGCUCUGCUGGAGAUGGGGCCUGGGGAUGAUGAUAUUUACAUCUCAGACCAUGAAGGUGAUGAUGAUGAUGAUGAUGUGUCCUUGGCCAGUGAUCUGGAUCCAGAGGAGCUGCUUGAGAUAGAGGCUCGUCAGCGGCGGCUGGAGAAGGAGAGGAGAGAGCAGGGGGGAAAGAGGGCAAAGCCUAAGCAGAAGGAAGAGGAGGAGGAGGAGGAUGAAGAGGAGAAUCCUCUGCUGGUGCCUCUGGAGGAGAAAUCGGUGCUGGAGGAACGACAGACCAGCCUGUGGUUUGGGAAGGACGCCUUUGCUGGCAUCGAGGAUGAUGCAGAUGAGCAGCUGGAGCUGGGCCAGUCACAGCUAUUGGCUGAGAAACAACGUGAGGCUCAGAAAGACAAAGCACCAAAGAAAGGGCAGAAGGUGGUGGUGGUGCCCCAGGAGGAGGAUGCAGCCCAGCCCCUGCCUGCUCCAGCCACAGCCCCUGGGGCAGAGGAAGCUCUGGAUGCUCAGAGCAGCGACGAUGACAGCAGCAGUGACGAGGAGAGGCCGCUGGUGGCAGCGGGGCAGAAGCGGGGCCGCGCCGAGCCCGGCGGCUUCGAGGUGGUGCCCAUCGAGGACCCAGUGAGGAGAGCCCAAGUGCUGGACGCCGAGGGCCUGGCGCUGGGCUCCGUCAUCGCCACGUCCAGCAAGGCCAAGCGCGACCUGGUGGACGACUCCUUCAACAGGUACUCCUUCAACGAGGAGGAGGGCGAGCUGCCCGAGUGGUUCUGGCGGGAGGAGCAGCAGCACCGGCGCAGGCAGCUGCCUGUGGACAAGCAGACGGUCGAGGCCUAUCGGCAGCGCUGGCGCCACAUCAACGCCCGGCCCAUCAAGAAGGUGGCGGAGGCCAAGGCCAGGAAGAAGAAGAGGAUGCUGAGGAAGAUGGAGCAGAUGAAGAAGAAGGCCGAGGCCGUGGUGAGCACGGUGGACAUCUCGGAGAGGGAGAAGGUGGCUCAGCUGAGGCGCAUCUACAAGAAGGCUGGGCUGGCCAAGGAGAAGAGGCAGGUCACAUACCUGGUGGCUAAGAAAGGAGUGGGACCCCGUGUGCGCCGGCCUCGGGGGGUCAAAGGCCAGUUCAAGGUGGUGGACAGUCGCCUGAAGAAGGAUGUGAGGGCUCAGAAACGCCAAGAGCAGAAGAAGAAACGCCACAAGUGACGUGGGAUCAGCUCCAGCUUUGGCUAAGGACAGGUUCCUGCCUUUCCCCUACCUUCCCCCUGGCCCCCUGCCUCAGCUUUGGGCUUGGCCUUGAUGGGAUGUUGACCCAUGGGGCAGGGAGGCUUUGGCUGACCUUAGCAGCACAGGGUGGAUUCCCCCAGCCCAGGGCCCACAGAGGGGUUGCAAGCUCCCUGGGGCCUGGUUGGUGGCAGGACAGUGGGUGCAGAAGUGAGGGGGCUCUGCACAGAGCAGCUCCUGGCUUCCAGCACGAUUAAACCUGCUC